CCUGCCCUGUCUGGCUCGAGCCGCAGCGCCAGGGCGGCCGGAGCCGGCUGCUGAGGAGUGGCUGCACCCCGGGGCCUCUCCUUGGCCUGGCUGGGCCGUCCGAGGCGGGGCUGCCCGGUCCAUCCCUGCCGCUGGCCGAGCGCCAGCCCCGAGGACCGUUGCGCCAGAUCCCGGGAUUCGUGAUUCCUAUCUGGGGACCCCUGCAGCUCACAUCCACUUAGUAGGCCCUUUGCGUGGGGUUAGAGCGGCCAGAUGUCGGAGGCUAUGGCAAUGAACCUUCUGGAGGAUUGGUGUCGCGGGAUGGAAGUGGACAUCCACAGGUCCCUGUUGGUCACGGGCAUCCCAGAGGACUGUGGACAGGCAGAAAUCGAGGAGACCUUGAAUGGGGUCCUCUCGCCCCUGGGCUCCUACCGCGUGCUUAACAAGAUUUUCUUGAGGGAGGAGAACGUGAAGGCUGCCCUUAUCGAGGUUAGCGAGGGUGUGAAUCUGAGCGCCAUACCGCGGGAGUUCCCAGGAAGAGGCGGUGCCUGGAGAGUGGCCUGUAGGGACCCCACCCAGGAUGCCGAGUUUUUGAAAAACCUGAACGAAUUCCUGGAUGCCGAGGGGCGCACAUGGGAGGAUGUGGUCCGCUUGCUGCAGCUUAACCACCCCUCGCCGUCCCAGAACCAGCCUUCGGAGAACUGGGCAGAGACUUUGGGGGUGCUCCUGGGGGCUGUGGUGCAAGUCAUCUUUUACAUGGAUGCGGAGAUCCGCAGUCGGGAGGAAGCUAGGGCUCUGGAGGCCGCCGAGGCAGAGGAGGCAGCAGCCUGGGUAUCAGCAGCAGGGAAGAAGGUCAAGAAGGAGCCGGGGCUGGCUGCAGAACUGGGUUCCACCUUGAAGAUGGAGAACCCCCGCCACUGGAAUGCCGUGGAAAACCAGGGUGACCCUCCCAAACCUCUAGUUCGCAGGGCUGGAGCUAAGGCUCGCUCCAGGAGAAAGAAGCAGAAAAAAAAUCUCAAACAGGAACCAGUGCCCUGGAAAAAGCCCAAAGGCAACCGUCCCAGUAGCUCCGCCUACUUGGAGAAUCGCAAUGCCGGGGAGGGGGAAAGCAUGGAGAUCUCUGAGUCUAUCAAGAGCAACAAAAAACCAUGUGUGAAGCAGGAGGAAUCAGCUCUGAAGAAGCCUUUGGCAAAAAGUGCCUGGAAGGUGCCCCGGGAUCCGCCUCAGGAGGCCCCUAGGGAAGUGGAGAGCCCUGCAAGCACUGCUCAGUUAGCUCAAGGUGGUGGUCAGCAAAGGCCCCCAAAGAAGAAGGCCAUGGGCUGGGCCUCCGGAAAGAGCCCUGCCCCCAUGAGGAAGAAGAAGAAGGUGAGCUUGGGCCCAGUCUCUUACGUCCUGGUUGAUUCCGAAGAGGCAAAGAAGAAGCCCAUGAUUGCAAAGAAGGCCUCUGGCUUGAGAAGGGAUGUGUCAGCCCAGAAGGGCCCUAGAGGCCUCCAGCACUCCAGAUCACAAGCCUCAACAUCCAGGGGUCUGAAGGCCAAGCCAGGAGGCUCUCCUCGUGCCUCCAAUGAUUCCAGAAAGCUUUGAAGGGAGACCACCCAUGCCCGUGGAGGUGAAAGAAGACCAAGGAAGAAGUUCCAAGUUAGAAGCAAAGCUUUCUCUUGUCAUUGAGUGAAACGACACUUGGCUCUUUGAGGGACCCAGUUUCUAAAGGUCUGGCUCUCGGAGGUAAAUGAUAUGAGAUCUUAGGUCUUGGGAGAAAUUGGGGGAGGGAGGUGUGUCUCUCUGCCUUUUUCUCUACCAGGCCAGCUUUUCACCUCCUCCUUCACUCACCCUCAGAGGGAGGAGGGUUGGUAAGUGGCUUGGGAAAAUUCUAGAAUGUUCAUUACCUUUUAUGCAUGGGCAGGUUACUGUUUCGCUCAUUCAUGUCCAGCCUUUCUCCCCACCCCCUGCUUGCUCUUCUGGAUGGUCAGCUAACCUUCAGGCUUGGUGUUUGAAGAGCAGGGCACCUGCUUUCUCCCCUCCAGCCUCCCUGGGCCGUGACCGGCGGGUGAGUUAAGCCCAGGUCUUGGAUGCACACCUGGCCCUCUUGCUCCUUCAGUCUUGAGCUUCCAUCCUCCAGUUGUCAAACUGGAAGGUGGUUCAGUCCCAAGAGUUCUGGGAAGAGUGACUGUCUGCCUCGCCAUUGAAGUAGUCAAGUUUGAGAGUCUAUUUAUAAAAUUGGCACUUUGACUCCCGUUUUGGGCUGAAGCCCUUUCAGGAAGCAUGUGGAGAAGAGGGGUGGUUAGUAGGGAAGACUGGGUCAUUCCUGGGUUCUUGGCUCUAGUUCUAUCCAGAGCCACCAGACUCACCAACUUUGAGGCAGAAGCCACUUCUCACAUAGGAGAGGGGGAAAAAGUCUUUUAAAAAUUAGCUGUUUCUGCUAUCUGGAUUAGACACACUAAAUCAGAACAGAUCGCUCCGUCCCAUAGUGUGUGUGUGUGUGUGUGUGUGUGUGUGCGCGCGUGCGUGUGUGCGUGCGCGCGCGCGCAUGUGUAAGAGAGAGGGCAGGGGCCCCAAAAUACAGUUUCCACACUGUAUUUUGGGGAAUCCCAAGGUAUCCACAAAGAUGUAAUCCAAAUCUACUUUCUCAUGUGUUUUAAUGUGUGAAAAACAAGUACUCAAGUAUGUUGUAACCCAGACCAGUCACAUCGAGAACUAUCAGAAUAUUACCUUGUGUUUAUAGGUUAACUUGUUUCUGUACAGGUCUGUAACUAGUCGUUUCUGCCUUCUCUUUGCAUAUAAUUAAAUUACUUGUAAAUGUGACCUGAUGAGGAAGCUUGGCAGUGGGUGGCUCGGUCCUGCGCAUGUCUGAAAGCUCGUUUCCUGUUGUAUUUCACAUGCUCUCGUUCUGCUGUGACCCUUCAGCUGUGUGAUAGCAAGUUACCAUGUUAACCCGCACACAAUGAUAUCCUGUCCUGGAGUUUUAGCCCUCGCUAGUGUUCGUGGUCUCUUUUUCUGACUUUGGUUUUGUGGUAAAAAUGUGAACAAUUGUUAGAUGUUGUUAGUGAUUCAACUUUAAGACAAAUUUCUUGUGACGAUUCAUUUCAAAAUCCUGCAUGAGUCUCACUGAAGAUAUAGAAAACAAGAAUGGUUCCCACCUGCAGCUCCUCCUCUCCGCCUCAAGGUUUGUCUUGGUUGUGUGCAAUUAACACGGGGAGGACUGGACUCGCAGGGUGACGAGGCUGCAGCUGCCCAGCUCCUGAAAUUCAAGUCGGGUCUGUGGGGGCUUGUUGUACAAAAGGUUGACACCAGGGUUAGUAAAUGUAAAUGUAUAUGCAUAAUAAAGUUCAGCAAAUUAAGUA